CCGCGCGUCUCACCUGUGACAGCGGCCGGGCUGGGAAAUAACGACGCAGGUCAGCGGCUGCAAAGCGUAGCUCCGGGCGGAAUGGGGCGGUGCUAGUGCGCAGUCGCCGCCGGGCUCCGUCCCACCUGGAAGCUGCCUUUGCGAGGGCUGGGAGGGGCGCGCUGCUGUGGCAGCUGCUAACUGUCGCGUGUGCCCGCAGGGCGGCCCCGCCAUGGGGGACGUGAAGAACUUCCUGUACGCCUGGUGUGGCAAGAGGAAGGUGACGCCGGCCUACGAGAUCCGCGCCGCUGGCAACAAGAACCGGCAGAAGUUCCAGUGCGAGGUUCGAGUGGAAGGCUUUAACUACAUUGGCAUGGGCAAUUCCACUAACAAGAAAGAUGCACAGAGCAAUGCUGCUCGGGACUUCGUCAAUUACUUAGUUCGAGUGAAUGAAAUAAAGAGAGAAGAAAUUCCAGCUUUAGGGCCAGCAGUUGCUGAUACUCCUGAUGGACCAGUGCCUGGGGUGGCAGGAGAUAAUAGUGUGGAAAAGUCUACUUUGGGGGGACCUCUUCCUCCACAUUUGGCUAUCAAGAGUGAAUCAGGUGAAAGGCCACCUCCUGGGCUUGGAAGCUCUGGCUAUGGAGGAGCACAGUGGGACCGUGGAGCAAAUCUGAAGGAUUACUACUCAAGGAAGGAGGAGCAGGAGGCACAGGCAACCUUGGAGUCGGAAGAAGUGGAUUUAAAUGCUGGUCUUCAUGGGAAUUGGACCUUGGAGAAUGCCAAGGCACGUCUGAAUCAAUUUUUCCAGAAGGAGAAGAUCCAAGGAGAAUAUAAAUACACUCAAGUGGGGCCUGAUCACAACAGGAGCUUUAUUGCAGAAAUGAACAUUUAUGUCAAGCAGCUGGGCAGAAGGAUAUAUGCUCGUGAACAUGGAUCAAACAAAAAGCUGGCUGCACAGUCAUGUGCUCUGUCCCUAGUUAGACAACUGUACCAUCUUGGUGUUAUUGAGCCUUACUCUGGACAGACAAAGAAGAAAGAAGGAGAAUCGGUGGAACCUUACGAAGUGACACUGUCUCCUGAUUUGGAAAAUCAGCUUCAAAGCAUCAUACAGGAUCUCUGUCUUGAGACUGCACCAUGGCCUGAAGAUUCCAGCAAUCCUGUUUUGCUUAACAUCGGAAAGCUGGCCCAUUUUGAACCGUCCCAGAAACAGAAUCAUACGGGAGUUGUUCCCUGGUCACCUCCACAGUCCAACUGGAAUCCUUGGACCAGCUGCAAUAUUGAUGAGGGUCCCUUGGCAUAUGCUACCCCAGAGCAGAUAAGCAUGGACUUGAAAAAUGAUUUUUUGUACCGCCUGGAUCAGGAUCAAGAAUUACACAAGAUCCUAAAAGACCGGGAAACACUGCCUGUGAAGAAAUUUGAGCGAGAAAUUCUGGAUGCAGUUUAUCACAAUUCUGUUGUCAUCAUUCGUGGUGCCACUGGUUGUGGCAAAACCACUCAAGUUCCCCAGUACAUUUUGGAUGAUCACCUCAGAAAUGACAUAGCUGCAGAAUGUAACAUUGUAGUGACACAGCCCAGGAGGAUCAGUGCAGUUUCUGUGGCAGAGCGUGUGUCCUUUGAGAGAGGAGAAGAACCUGGGCAAAGCUGUGGAUACAGUGUGCGAUUUGAAUCCGUGCUUCCCCGGCCCCAUGCCAGUGUGAUGUUCUGCACUGUAGGUGUCCUCCUGAGAAAGCUGGAGGCUGGGAUCCGUGGAAUUAGUCAUGUUAUUGUGGAUGAGAUCCAUGAGAGAGACAUUAAUACUGACUUCCUCCUGGUCGUCCUAAGGGAUGUAGUUCAGGCAUAUCCUGAAAUCAGAGUCAUCCUCAUGUCUGCCACCAUUGAUACCAGCAUGUUCUGUGAAUACUUCUUUAAGUGUCCUAUCAUUGAGGUCUUUGGCAGAACAUAUCCAGUUCAAGAGUAUUUUCUGGAGGAUUGUAUUCAGAUGACUCAGUUUAUUCCUCCAUCAAAGGAUAAGAAAAAGAAGGACAAGGAUGAAGAAGGUGGUGAGGAAGAUGAUGCCAACUGCAACCUUCUCUGCAGUGAUGAAUAUGGACCAGAAACAAAACGCUCCAUGGCUCAGUUGAAUGAGAAGGAAACUCCCUUUGAACUGAUUGAGGCCCUCCUAAAGUACAUUGAGACCCUGAAUGUUCCAGGAGCUGUGCUUGUCUUCUUGCCUGGCUGGAACCUGAUCUAUACCAUGCAAAAGCAUCUGGAAAUGAAUCCUCAUUUUGGAAGCCAUCGGUACAGGGUUCUGCCAUUGCAUUCACAAAUUCCUCGAGAGGAACAGCGUAAAGUGUUUGAUCCAGUGCCUCCUGGAGUGACCAAGGUUAUUUUAUCCACCAACAUUGCUGAGACUAGCAUUACCAUCAAUGAUGUUGUCUAUGUUAUAGAUUCAUGCAAACAGAAGGUGAAACUGUUCACUGCUCACAACAACAUGACAAACUAUGCCACAGUCUGGGCAUCAAAAACCAACCUAGAGCAACGGAAAGGGCGAGCAGGCCGUGUGCGGGCUGGAUUCUGCUUCCAUUUGUGUAGCAGAGCUCGCUUUGAAAGACUUGAAACUCAUAUGACACCUGAGAUGUUUCGCACACCACUGCAUGAAAUUGCUUUGAGUAUCAAACUGCUAAGGCUGGGAGGAAUUGGUCAGUUCUUGGCCAAAGCAAUUGAACCACCACCUUUAGAUGCAGUGAUUGAAGCAGAGCACACCCUCAGAGAGCUGGAUGCCCUGGAUUCCAACGAUGAGUUGACACCUCUUGGAAGAAUUCUGGCAAGACUCCCAAUUGAACCUCGUCUUGGCAAAAUGAUGAUAAUGGGCUGCAUUUUCUAUGUUGGGGAUGCUGUUUGUACCAUCUCUGCUGCCACCUGCUUCCCCGAACCUUUCAUCAGCGAGGGUAAACGGCUGGGUUACAUCCACAGGCACUUUGCUGGGAAUAGGUUUUCAGAUCACGUGGCCCUGCUUUCAGUCUUCCAGGCUUGGGAUGAUGCAAGAAUGGGUGGUGAAGAGGCAGAAAUAAGAUUCUGUGAACACAAACGACUCAACAUGGCUACGCUUCGCAUGACUUGGGAAGCCAAAAUUCAGCUCAAAGAUAUUCUCAUUAAUUCUGGCUUCCCAGAAGAAUGCUUGAUGACUCAACCAUUUAACAACACCGGACCAGAUAACAAUCUGGAUGUUGUGAUCUCCCUGCUUGCUUUUGGUGUGUACCCUAAUGUCUGCUACCACAAGGAGAAAAGGAAGAUUCUUACCACUGAGGGGCGCAAUGCACUUAUUCACAAAUCAUCUGUCAACUGCCCUUUCAGCAGCCAGGACCUAAAGUAUCCCUGUCCUUUCUUUGUUUUUGGGGAAAAGAUCCGAACCAGAGCUAUCUCUGCCAAAGGAAUGACUUUGGUGAGCCCACUGCAGCUGCUCCUGUUUGCCUCAAAGAAAGUCUUAUCUGAUGGAGAGAUCAUUCUUGUAGAUGACUGGAUCAAAUUGAAGAUGUCCCAUGAUGCAGCUGCCUGCAUCACUGCCCUACGUGCAGCAAUGGAGGCUCUUGUUGUAGAAGUAACUAAAGAACCUGAAAUCAUCAGUCAUCUGGACCCUGUAAACGAGCGAAUGUUAAACAUGAUACGCCAGAUCUCCAGACCUUCAGCAGCAGGCAUCCACCUUAUGGCUGCCAAUACAAGAUAUGGAGAUGGUCCUCGCCCACCUAAAAUGGCUCGAUAUGACAAUGGAGGUGGAUACAGAGGACGGGGAGGUUACCAGCGUGGCUCUGGUGGAGGCUAUGGUGGCGGUUAUAACUCAUACCAAGGACGAAGAGGGUACCAAGGAGGUUCUGGGGGAGGUUACAGAGGUGGUGGUGGAUAUAGAGGGACUGGGGGAGGGUAUCGAGGCUCAGGCGGGGGAUAUAGAGGGUACCAAGGUGGCAACAGAGGUGGCUUUGGAGGUGGGUAUGGAGGCCCAGGAAGGGGAGGUGGUGGUGGUUUUUGAAAUCUCUUGAGGUCUUCCUUGUACUCUAAAAAACGUGCAUGUUUCCUUCCUCAGUUCCUUUGCUGCUACUACAGAAGUUUGUCAGUCAUUCUAAUUGUUCACAGUAGCUUGAAACAAAUUUAGGUUUAGUAGUGAGUGAUGUGUUAGAUCCUGAACACUUACUACAGAGUCUGCAACCAUUUGUAUUAUUUUGUUCUUAAUAAAGUGUUCAGUUUCCAAGAAAA